CUAUCGUAUUCGCACAGCUUCUAAGAAGAACCGACGUGACGAGCUACAAGCAACAGGAAGGAAAAAAGGUUAACACACAACCGGACCAACCGCCUCUUCCGGCUUCGACCCGACUCACCGCCCCGAUUACUUUCCCAUUCUCCGACGGCCUCCACCUAUUAUUCGUUCAUGGAUGCCCAAUCUGUAAGCCCCGCCUCCUCUCUUCUCUCUCUCGUUUCAUCUCGCAUUACUUCCUUGCUUUCUUCUCCUUCUUCCUCCUCGAAUCUAAUCCAUUUCUUCACCCCGCUUGUAAUCUGCUGCAUCUUCAAUUCGUCUAUUCUAUUCGCACGUUAAUGCCGGAUGGGCUCUCCCUUCGCUUUCGUUUUGAUGGAUUUAACCUGAUUGCUGUUUGCUAGGGUUCCUGAAGUUCGGGUGCAACCCUCUUUCUCUUUCUUUCGGUGUCUGCUUUGUUAUCCCGAUUCUCAGGAGCAGCUCGGUUAGGGUUUGCAAUUCGGGCGCUUUCUUUCUCUGUUCUUCUCCAAGGGGAUACAUUUGCUUACCGAUUCCUAGGGUUUAUACGUGGUUCGAUUCCAAUACGGGGAAGAUAGGCGUGGGUUAAGAGGAUAAUGUGUAUACUCUGUGUGAUCCAGAAGUGGUCUCGCCGGGUUGCCACCAUGCUGCCUUGGUUAGUUAUCCCUCUUAUAGGGUUGUGGGCUCUCUCUCAGCUCCUGCCCCCAGCUUUUCGAUUUGAGAUUACCUCCCCCAGACUUGCUUGUGUGUUUGUGCUUUUGGUCACUCUCUUCUGGUACGAGAUUUUGAUGCCUCAGCUGUCAGCUUGGCGUUUGAGAAGAAAUGCACGGUUAAGGGAGAGGAAGAGGUUCGAAGCUAUUGAGUUGCAGAAGCUCCGGAAAACUGCUACUAAAAGGUGUAGGAAUUGCUUAACCCCUUACAGGGAUCAGAAUCCAGGCGGGGGAAAGUUUAUGUGCUCAUACUGUGGCCAUAUUUCCAAGAGGCCAGUGCUUGAAAUGUCUGUACCGCCCGGAUUAGGGAUUCCAAAUUCUGGGAUUAUUAAGGACUUGGUUGGCAAAGGUGGGAAAAUACUCAAUGGUAAGGCAUGGUCUGAUAAUGGGUGGAUGUGCAGUCAGGAUUGGUUAGAUAAUGGUGGUUGGGCUGGUGGUUCUUUUGCGGGGAGAUCUAGUUACUGGAGGAAAAGUGGUGGUGGUAAUUUAGGAGCAGAUGAUAAUUGUUUGGCGGAGAAGUCUGUCUUGCGUGUUGUAAUUUUUGGAUGCAAACUACUGACUUCGUUCUUCUUGAGCAUUAGGUGGCUCUGCAGAAAGAUUUUUAGGAUUAGUUCGUCAGAGGAUGAUGCCUCUGCUGAUGCAGAACGUAGGGGAGGCAUGCCUAAAAGGGGGGAGAACGGGGCUAACUAUCCCGAAAGUAGGGGGGAGAAAGCACGCAGGAAAGCUGAGGAGAAGAGACAGGCUAGGUUAGAGAGGGAGCUUCUGGAGGAGGAAGAAAGAAAGCAACGGGAGGAGGUUGCAAGGUUGGUUGAGGAACGCCGAAGGUUAAGGGACGAGAAAAUGGAGGCUGAGAAAGACCGAAGUAAGUUGUCACCACCAACCAGGGAGAAAGAUAGUAAAAAGGAAGCAGAAAAGAGGCGCCAGGAUAGAAGAAGAGAUAAAGAUAAGGGAUCCAGUAAGAGCAACUCUGAUGUGGAAGAACUGGAAAAAAGAGCUGGUAAAGAAAGUGAAAGGAAAAGGGAUUUCGACAAGAAAGGUGAUGCCGAGAGAAGGGAAUCACAAAAGUUCAGUACAGAGCAUGGAAAAGGUUACAACAGUGAAUUAGGUUAUGGAAAUGGGAUGAGAAAUGCCUCUACCACCAAUUUUAGCCGUGGAAAUGCUGGAACCAGGUACUUUGACAGGAUGAGGGGGACCUUUUUAUCUUCUUCUAGAGCUUUUGGUGGAAAUAGUUUCUUCGGACAGAAUGCUAACAGUCCUGCUGCUGGUGCUACUAAAGAAAUGAAGUUCAACAGCUCUGUAGAUCAGCUUCACACUUCUGCUCACAGAAGAGAGACAUGCUCAUCUGGUGUGGUUGGGAAGUCCAGUAUCAACUGUGAUGAUAAGAAUUCAAACCGACCUGGCCCAUCAGAACAGCCUAGAACAGCUCCUAAGAAGUCGUGGCAACAAUUAUUUACCCGCUCAUCAUCAUCAGCUUCUUCAUCCUCAAGUACAAAUGUUAUUAGCCGACCAAAUCCGAAACCCCAGGCAGAGUUGCAGAACCCACAGCUUUCCGGGCAACAGUCAUCAAUACAAUCGUUCAAGAAUCCUAUUAAUUUUGGACUCCCAUCAACAUUUUCAACCCCUAUGUAUCCUAAUGUCUCAAGUAGUACUAGUUUAGGCUUCUCACCUGCCAUUGAGUCCAGUGUGCCUCACAUUGCUGAAGGACUCCGCGACUUCUUAGCUGAAGAACCGGAGCGUUUUGAAGACCCGUGCUAUGUUCCUGAUCCGGUAUCAUUGCUUGGGCCUGUCUCAGAGUCUCUUGAUAAUUUCCAGUUGGAUAUGGGAACUGGUUUUGCAUCAGAUCUAGGAUUAGAUAGGCCAAGGGCCAUGAAGAAGGCAGCUGGAUCACCUGAAGUAAGCAAACCAUCUCCAAUUGAGUCUCCAUUGUCACGUCGAAUUGCUGAUGAAAAGCAUAACAACGCAAGUUGGUUCCCCACUACUCCCAAGGCUCAGGAUUUGCAUGCUAAUAAUUCCUUGGAUGACGUGCAAGUAAAUCAUGAGAAAGGGACAUGGCAAAUGUGGAACAGUGUAAAUCCUCUUGGUCAGGAUGGCCUUGGUUUGGUUGGGGGCCCUGGUAACUGGCUUCUACCACCAGAGCGGAGUAUCCUGACCAAGGAAGAUAUUUUGCAUCCUUCAUCUCAGAACAUGAUGGCAGCAUCACUCUUUUCAACAGAUGACCAUGUCCUUUUAAGGUCUCUUUCUCCUCAGAAGGGUUAUCUUCGAAAUGGUCAUGGUGGGGUUUUCAGUCCUGUCGCUAGUUCGGGUGACAAUGAGCCAUGGUUGCACAAGUCUUGUUUUCCUCCUUUGUCGGGCAAUGAAGGUCAUUUCUCUGUCAAAGCUAGAGAGGAGAGUUGUCAGGAUGAAGUAGUCAUGUUUGGGAGCCCUAAUGGAGCUGCUUCCAACCUUCCAUUUGAGAUGCCUCCACAGGAUUGUUGGUCCAAGAAGGAUUGGGCAGUGCAAGGAACAGAAGGUGUUGUGAAGCCCUUGCUGACGACGAGACCCGCUAUUGGUGGCUUAUUUUCCAACCCCAACCCUGAUGUACAGUCUCUUUGGUAAUCUGGAGGAAGUAAAUGGCUCUCCUAAAACAAAAACAAAACAAAAAAAGUGAAAGAAAACAGAGAGGACAGGACAGUACCAAAAAGAAAACGCAGACACUUCUAAAUCUUUAUUCAGAGGAGGUCAAAGAAAUGUAGUUGCCUCCCUCUUUUGAAGGUGAAAGUCUUUUAGAAUAUAGAGAAGAUGGAGGGAUGCCCUUCUUGUAUCUUCCCAUUCCCCUUGUCCUUAGUCCUUGCUAAUACCCUUUUCAUAUCUUCAUUUUUCUAUCGUACUUACUCACUUACCCUUAAUAUAUCGCUGCUUGCGAACGACUGCCAGCCAGGGAGGGAAUCCAGGUUACUGCAAUGCAAUGCAAUGAUGUCUAGUUGUCUACUUAGUACUUGAGUGGGGGGUUGAUUUUCACUUCCGAUUUCGGACAACAUUGUGUUGUACUCGAUUCGAAAUCUUCUUAGAGGUUGAGAUUCCCAGCUUUAGGAAUUGCCUUGCAAGAUGACUGGCAAUCCGUUGUCGUCUUUUGAGAGAUAGGUUUAAGCUUUAUUUCGAGUUAUGCAUUUCCAACGGUAAAAGUGCUGGUUUUGGAGUUUGGACUACAUAAUCUUUGAUUUGUAUCCAGUUGCAGGCGUCGCGGGUAGUAUAGCUUGUGAGAAUCUCUAGAAUCAAUCGACUAAAG